AUGCAGAAUAUGACAACGGACCGUCCGUCGAACAGAGGCAGCGGCCGGCUUACCAAGAUUUUGCUGGCGUUAAUGAUCUCAUCCACCGCUAUCGGGGCGGGAGUCAUGAUAUGGGGAUCUUACAAGCUAUACACAAAUAAAAAAGAAGUGUUUGGUUAUAUUCAGUCGGUUUAUCAUCGGGGGGAUGAAGGGCGCCUGCAGCCGUUAUACUCGCCGCUACAACGCGCAGACGAAAUCCGCCUCUUGGUACUUGGGGUUGGCAAAGAUUCUGAUCCUAUCCAUGUCCGCUUGCAGCAUGUCUCGUUAAAACAAGGUCCAUCGUACGAAGCGCUUUCCUACGUCUGGGGUGACCCAACUCCGGAGAAAUACAUAUACUGUGAAGGGAAGCAAGUGCGCGUUCGUGAGAGCCUGUACGAAGCCCUACACGCCCUACGGCGACCAGACACGGAGCGAUGUUUAUGGGCCGAUGCAAUUUGCAUUAAUCAGAGAGAUGCAGUGGAAAAGGGGAAACAGAUUCGGAUCAUGGGCGACAUCUACAGUUGCACUCGCCAAGUACUGGUGUGGCUCGGAAGCCCUAGCCCAGCGACCGAGAACGCCUUUAACGCUCUUCAAGAGAUUGACAGUUAUCUCAAGAGGUCAUCCUGGGUCUAUAGAAGCAACCCGCUUCAAAAACAGCUUCUACGGGCAGUGAACUGGCCAUAUCUCGCAGACCUAAAUCGAAAGGAUGUGCGAGAGCUGCGGAAAUAUGACUGGAAAUCGAUUAUGGCCUUGCUACGCCAUCCGUGGCCUCGCCGCGUGUGGACAUAUCAAGAGUUUAUCAGAGCCCGGAAAGUUACGAUAGUUCAUGGCCAUGCGAGCAUAUCUGCGGACUCUUUUCUCAACCCGCUUAUGGAAGUCCUGGGCUCACCUUUUGGCCAGGAACUCCUCUCAUCCACGCAAGACGUAUUUGAACCUCACAGUUACGCCAGGUUAGGUAUCCAAAGCAGCUCUCAAGCCCAUAUUGAGAGUUUGUUCGAUGCUGUCGUCAAUGUUCUGAGUUACAGGGCCGCGACAGACCCGCGCGACCACAUUUAUGGUCUCCUAGGUGUGACGUCGGACCACGACGCCAGUGACUGGGAGCUCACACCAGAUUACAACGCAUCGGUGGAGGAGGUGUAUACUAGAUAUGCCCGCUGGUGUCUACUGAGAAAGAACAAUAUUCGGUACCUCUCAUUUGCUGGUCUUCCGGAUCUUACCCAGAAAGGAGCAUUACCGUCAUGGGUAGCCGACUGGACACGCACCAUGAUGGUGAACGAAUACCAUGUUCUCUCCAUGGUCCCAUGUGCUUAUCAAGCAUCACAUCCCACAUCAUCGCCUUCCUUGCUCUGGAUUCCGAGCGAGCCCCGCGUGUUACAUAUCAAAGGCCGAAUCGUUGACAAGUUGGCCGACCUUGCGGUCACACGCUUCGAUCUGCUCACAUACUGCGAGAAGAACGUCGAAUCGAGAGGGCGCGUCCGUCAAAUCCUACGAUGGUUAGCAUACAGACAGCGGAUAUUACAUACUCGUCUCAUUGUAGAUGAUCUCCUCGAAGCGCAGCAAGCAAUCGAUCGCUUCUGUCCCAGUAAUCUGCCUCCUCAUGCGGUGACAGACGUGGUGUGGAUGGAAAACUGCAAGCACAUCGCAUCUGGGGCGACGGGGGUGAUGGAACCAGAACGUUUUAAGGAGUUCUAUAGAACAAUGAUCCGCAAUCGAGACUUCAGAGGCUUCAGCUUGCCGGAUGAUACGAUCUAUAGGGCCUUCUCCCUGUACUUCCACUUGCUCGACAAAGUACGAGACGGGAAGCAAGCAUGGCCACCGCUGCCUGGAUCCUCGGCGGAUCGAUUGACCCAAGCACAGUUGCCAAACCGUUUACCUUUCGAUUCUGGAAUGACCCUGUCUCGGCGACAAAGACGCAUAGAGCAGGAAACGCAUAUAGAAAUCAGAACCCUGAUGGCGAGAUAUUGGGGCGGUGUGAUGUGCAAGAGAUUCUGUUCCACCACCCAUGGCCGCUUAGGGUGGGCUCCCAGACGCGCUCAGCCAGGCGAUCUGGUCUGUAUUUUCGACGGUGCUACCGUUCCGUAUGUGCUUCGGCUACAUGAAAACAAGGAAGUGUCCAAGUGGUCACUUGCAUACUGGUCGUCACAGAUGCAACGACUUCUUCUUCUUCCGGGACGAGAUCCACAACGGGAUGUGCGUUACACACUUGUGGGUGAAUGUUAUGUGCACGGGUUGAUGGAAGCAGAAGAGGCUAUGGAUGAGGCUUGCGAUACGGUUUUCUUCGCGAUAUCAUAG